GUGAAAGAGAGAAAUAUUAAGCAAGAAAAGAUAAGUGAAGAAGAGAGAAGAAACCAAACCAAAAACAAAAAUGGAGAAGAGUGGAAGAAACGUAAUGGAUGAGAUAAGAAGCUUUGAGAAGGCAAGCUUGUUCGAUCUUGGUCAUCCUCUUCUUAACCGGAUCGCCGAUUCCUUCGUCAAAGCCGCUGGAGUUGGAGCUUUACAAGCUGUGUCGAGGGAGGCUUACUUCACGGUGGUUGAUGGGGCAGGGUUUGACUCGAGCAACUUGGGUCCACCGUCGGAGAAUAACGGCAGCAAGAAACAUAGGUUCCCUAAUCUCAGAGGUGAAAGCAGCAAGUCUCUGGACGCUUUGGUGAAAAACACAGGAAAAGAAUCUCUCCAAUGGGGGCUAGCCGCUGGAUUAUACUCGGGUAUAGCUUAUGGUAUGAAGGAGGCUCGUGGAGGAGCUCAUGAUUGGAGGAACAGCGCGGUGGCUGGAGCAUUGACAGGAGCGGCGAUGGCAAUGACGACCUCGGAGAGGACAAACCAUGAGCAGGUGGUUCAGUCUGCUCUCACGGGAGCAGCUAUUUCCACUGCUGCUAAUCUCCUUUCCAACGUUUUCUAGAUAAUUCUCAUUAGCAAGGCUUUAUUUAAGGGUUGUUAUAUGUGUUAGUUUUAGCAUAAAUAUGUCUCUCUUUUUUUUUUAGUUUCUCUAUGGGUCUGCUGCUAAGACCUUUGUAUGAAACUCUGAAGCCAGAGAUCACAUUUCCUUCCGUUUAAACUGUUUUCUUUCUUGCGUUGAAAGUUGCUUUAGGAAAAAUGUUCAUACCU